AUGAUGAACAUGGCUGGAAAUCUGAUGCAAGAUAUCGUCGACCUCUCGACAGAGCACAUCAAGGUGCUGGCCGAUGACGACGGCGUGGCGGUUGUGCAACUGAGUCGCCCACAGAAACGCAACGCCCUCACCCAGACCAUGAUCGAUACCAUGGUUGCAGCGUUGGGUUACCUGGACGCACGAAAGGAUGUUCGCGCGCUGGUCGUCACUGCCGGCGUUGACCUCAAGGAGCUGGUUCACAUCUCAACCGCCGAGGCACACCAGAGAAACUUCCUCAAGGAUCUCACCGAUGCCUUUGCCCGCUUCUCGAAACCUUCUGUCGCCGCUGUGGCUGGCUUCGCGCUGGGAGGCGGUUGUGAAAUCGCCUUGGCCUGUGAUAUCAUUUACGCCGAAGAAGGUGCCAAAUUCGGACUCCCAGAGAUAACCAUCGGGACCAUUCCGGGUGGUGGAGGGACCCAGAGGUUUGCCCGAGCACUGGGAAAGCACAGGGCUAUGGAACUCAUCCUGACGGGUGAGUCGGUCACUGCCGCUGAGCUUCAGCGUCUUGGUCUUGUCAACAAGGUGUUUCCAAAGGAACAGGUCGAGGAAGAAGCAAUCAAGCUUGCCAGGCGGGUGGCAGCCUUAUCCGCAACUGUCGUCGCGUCUGCGAAGCAGGCCAUCUUGACAGCCGAGAACUCGCAUCUUGAGGCCGGUAUGAUUCACGAGAAGGCGUUGUACUACGCGACCUUCAGCACUUAUGACUGCAAGGAAGGGAUGUCUGCAUUUUUGGAGAAGCGCGCGCCGCGGUUCGAACAUAGGUAG